UAAUAUCAGUGUAUAAAAUCUGCUUUUAACGUCUCUUGAGAGUGACAAUGCCCAGGUUACCAGAAAGAUACCCCACCUAAGCCACCUUCUUCCCUUGGGUAUAUAUUUUUAUUCCUUUCUAGAGAGAGAGAGAGAAUUCAGAGAGAGAGAUUGCACCCCAGAUGCAGUGUGACUCGCAAUCCCAAAACUGAAUCAGCUGCACCUCACGGGCAUUCCAUUUCUAGAGAGAGAAACUAACAGAGAGAGAGAGAGAGAGAGAGAGAGAGAGAGCCUCAAUUACGCCCCCGCUUUGCUGGAGUCGUACAACAAACACAAACAGAGAAAGAGAGAUCAGAGAGAGAACAUAUUCGUUGUCUGUAGCUCUGUUCAUCUCCCCUGCAGCGAAUCUGAGUUCUCGUAAGGCCUUGUCAUUUCUUGUUGCAGAGAUAGAUAUCCUAACGGAUUCGACUUGUUCUUGUCCGUAAUCCAAUGCCAGUCUUAGAAAGUUUACUUGUUGAGGAAGAUGAAAGAGGAAAGAGAUCUGAUCUGGAGACAUCUGAGGACGAGAAGAGGAGGGCACGGAUCAGAUCUUUGAAAAAGAAGGCAAUGAGUGCUUCGUCGAAAUUUAUCAGGAAACGCAGCAGUAAACGUGUUGCCCCUUGUCGAUUUUCGGCAAUAUCUGUUGGAGAUGUUAGAGAUGAGAAGGAAGAGGAGGCAGUGAAUGCUUUUCGACAGGUCGUGAUUGAGAGAGAUCUGCUUCCGGAUCACCACGAUGACUACCAUACCAUGCUGAGAUUUUUGAAGGCAAGGAAGUUUGAUCUUGAUAAGGCUGUUCAUAUGUGGGAAGAUAUGCUCAACUGGAGGAAGGAGCAUGGAGUAGACUCUAUUCUACAGGACUUUGUAUAUAAUGAACAUGAAGAGGUUCAGCGUUAUUAUCCUCAUGGCUACCAUGGCGUGGACAAAGGGGGGCGUCCUGUUUAUAUCGAAAGACUCGGUAAAGUUGAACCAAGUAAACUCAUGAGAGUAACCACAGUGGACAGAUUCUUAAAGUAUCAUAUCCAGGGGUUUGAGAAGACUUUUACCGAGAAGUUUCCAGCAUGUUCAAUUGCAGCCAAGAGGCAUAUAGAUUCUACAACAACAAUAAUUGAUGUGCACGGGGUGAAUUGGAUGACUUUUAGCAAGGUUGCACAUGAUCUAGUUAUGCGCAUGCAAAAAAUUGACGGUGACAACUAUCCUGAGACAUUGAAUCAGAUGUACAUUGUUAAUGCUGGUAGUGGAUUUAAGCUGGUAUGGAACACAGCAAGAAGCUUUCUUGAUCCAAGGACAACAGCAAAGAUACAUGUGUUGGGCAAUAAAUUUCAGAAUAGGCUGUUGGAAGUCAUAGACUCAAGCCAAUUGCCAGAUUUUCUUGGCGGAACCUGUGUAUGCCCGGGCGAAGAUGGGUGUCUUAGAUCUGACAAAGGACCUUGGAAGGAUCCAGAACUGAUGAAGUUGGUACAUAUCGGAGAAGCUAUAUAUUGGAGAAAAGCUUCUAGUUUUUCUGACGCUGAUGAUUUAGAAGUCAAGUCUUUUUCUCCUAAGGUUCGAAAUACGGAAAUAGUUUCUAGUGAUUCAGGAAUGGAUGUAGCAUUUUCUACCUAUGGUGUGAUGCAACCAAUGCCACUUCAAGACCGAGAAAGGGUGGAGCUUAUUUCUAUCUCCGGCCAAGGUGAACCAGUUGGCAGUGGCGUUCGAGUUGAAUAUCCUGGUUCAACAACAGAUGAUUUAACCCAUGAGAUGACACAAAGAAGGCAGCUGAAGAAACUCAUAGCAGGUUUAGUGGUCAAGUACACAUUCAGAUUAUUAGCAUGUAUGUAUCUAGUAGUUCCUGGGUUGAGGAAGCUUUUUGCGGGGAGCAACGCGGAAAAGCAGCAGCCUAAACCUGAUCUAGGAUAUUCAAGUUCUGAAGAGCAACACGUUUCCUGUGCUAAUGAAGAGGAUGUGCUCGAUCCUUGUUGGAAGAGGUUGCAACAUUUGGAGGCAUCGGUAACUGCACUGCUUAAUAAGCCUGCUAACAUUCCCCGAGAGAAAGAGGACAUCCUUGUUGAGUCCUUGAAUCGCAUAAAAUCUAUUGAGUAUGACUUGCAGAAGACCAAAAAAGCGCUACUUGCAACUGCAUCAAAACAAGUGGAGCUUGCUGAGUCACUGGAAACUCUAAGGGAGAACAGCAUGAAUGAAGAUGGUGGUUGCAGAUGCUGGCUGGUGGGGUGUGAACUCAGAGAGUCUACAACAGCUAGUUUGGUUGGCUUGUUCUUCUGUACAUAGACUGAUACUUACUUAACCCUCACUUGUUUCUGAUAAUCAAGACACAAUUUACAUGGCAGAGGAUGUGGAUUUUUAACUAUCUGAUGAGAUACGGCUAGCUGUUCCAAAAAAGAAGAAGAGAAACUAUUUGAUAUGAGAGCAAUUAUUGUCAAUAAUGCUCAAUUUCUCAGUUUGAACCA